CAGCUUUACCCGAACUUUACUCCAAAUGUUUUUGUCCACCAUUUGUACUUGGACAGUGUUGACCAAACAUUCUGUACACAUAGCAGCCAAAUACACACAUCUUCCGGUUCUCUAUCCACGAUUCUCGACAUUUCGGAAUUAUGGCAACAAUGAGUCUGGCCGCAAUUCACAACGUAAUUUCGGCAGUCCACAAUUCAAUCGCAAUAAAGAUUUUCGCAACAAAAAACACGAGGAAAAACCAGACUGGAAACCAUUCGAAAAGAAUUUCUACAAGCCGCCUGACAUCGUACAUCCGAAGGAAGACAUCGACAGAUUUAUCAGCAAACACAAAAUCACUGUUAACGGACCGGCACCAACUCCGAUACUGUCAUUCGAUGAGGUUUCCUUCCCGCACUACAUACAAAAUGAAUUAAAGGUCAAGGACUUUACGACACCCACACCGAUCCAGUCACAAUGUUGGCCCAUUGCGUUGAGUGGACAAAAUUUAGUUGGUGUUGCCCAAACAGGCAGCGGAAAGACAUUGGGAUACAUUUUACCGGCCAUUGUUCACAUAAAGAAUCAGGAAGAGUUGAAACAGAAAGAAGGUCCAAUUGCGCUCGUCCUCGCUCCAACUAGAGAACUAGCACAACAGAUCCAACAAGUUGCAAAUGAAUUUGGUGAACCGUGCAACGUUCGGAACGCCUGUGUGUUUGGUGGUGCUGACAAAGGUCCACAAAUUCAUGCCCUGCAUCAAGGAAGUGAAAUUGUCAUUGCUACUCCUGGACGGCUUAACGAUUUCCUUAAAACUGGACUGACGAAUCUUAAUCGCUGCACAUACUUAGUAUUGGACGAAGCGGAUCGUAUGCUUGACAUGGGUUUCGAGCCACAAAUAAGAAGAAUUAUUGAGCGAAUUCGUCCAGACCGACAGACUCUGAUGUGGUCAGCGACGUGGCCUAAACAUGUGCGUAACCUAGCUGAAGAUUUCCUCGGUUCGUUUACACAAAUCAAUGUGGGAUCUAUGGAGCUAUGCGCUAAUCAGAACAUCAAACAAGUGGUGCAGGUAUGCGAAGAAGCCUACAAACGGAAUGAACUUCAAUUUCUUCUCGAAAAGAUCUACGAUCAAGAUGGAGCUGUAGGAAAGACCCUCGUAUUCGCCGAAACGAAACAGAGUGUCGAUCAUCUAGCAAAGUUUAUUCAGAAUUUUGGUGUAGAAUGCUGUGCAAUUCAUGGUGACAAGUCACAAGCCGAUCGAGACAAUACAUUGAAUGCAUUCCGCAGCGGAGGUAUUAACAUUUUAGUGGCAACAGAUGUGGCUUCCCGGGGCUUAGAUGUCGACGGAAUAGACUGGGUGAUAAACUAUGAUUAUCCAUACACAACGGAAGACUACAUUCAUCGAAUAGGUCGUACCGGACGUGGUGAUGCAACUGGAACGGCACAUACAUUCUUUACCAGAAAGAAUGCCGACAGAGCAAGAGAUUUAGUUGCUGUGCUGCUGCAAGCAAAGCAAGAAGUGCCCGAUGAUUUAUUGGAAAUGGCUAGAGGUGUUGGCCCUGUGGUAUUGAAUAAACCAUUCGAUGGAAAUUCGUUUAAAAGAAAUUUCGGGAAUCAAUCUUUGAAAGGCGGAGUUGUAACAAAGAAAACGUUUCGAAGGUGAUGACUCUCGCAUGUUGUUUUAUACUCAGGUCAUGUAGUCAGUAAUUGUUUUUGUUGAAAAAUGUCGAAUAAAAGUCGUACGGCCCAA